GACAUCAUCAACACUCUGGAGGAGCGUCUGAAGCCGCUGGUGAACGCCGAGCUGUCGGUGUUGGUGGACGUCCUCCAUCAGCCCGAGCUGCUGUUUCUGGAGGGGACGGACGCUCGCCAGCGCUGCGAGUCCGGAGGAUUCAUCUCUAAGCUGAUCCAGCACACCAAAGCGCUGAUGUGUUCGGAGGAGAAACUGUGUAUCAAAGUGCUGAGGACUCUGCAGGAGAUGCUGAUCAGGACUCUGGACUUCGAUGAAAAG